CAUAUUUCAGUCACGUGACCUACGAACGAAUCUCAAGGUGUGCAAAUUUGGAAAGCGGAAGAUCAUUACUACCAUCUAUAACCCAUCCACAACCCAUUCUUUACAUUAUUGGUAUUGACAGGUCGCUUCGCUGUUGUUUCUGAGUGUUCGAGCUGAACAAGAAAACGAACCGUCAAGAUGACAGGACUGGUAAAAGCCAAGAAGUAUGAUUUCAAGGAUUCGAACGUGGCAUUGUUUGGAUCGGAUACCGAUAGGAAAGUAAAAAAGGAAUCGGCAGAAACAGAACCAGCUUGGAAAGGAUCUGGACAAAAUCUCGGACUUCAGAUCUGGAGAGUGGAGAAAUUCAAGAUCGUCCAUUGGCCACGUGACGAUUAUGGUAAAUUUUUUGAAGGCGACUCUUAUAUCAUAUUAAAUACGUACAAAUUAGAAGGUGAAGAUCAGCUGCUAUAUGACGUUCAUUUUUGGAUUGGGAAGUACAGCACUCAGGACGAGUAUGGCACGGCGGCCUACAAGACAGUGGAGCUGGACACUCUCCUAGACGACAAGCCCGUCCAGCACAGAGAGGUGAUGAACCACGAGUCUCAGCUCUUCAAGAACUACUUCCCCAGCCUCACGUACAUGAAAGGAGGUGCCGACUCGGGCUUCAGACACGUCAAGCCGGAAGAGUACAAACCACGACUGAUGCAGUUUGAAGGCAAGAGGAAGAACGUCGUUGUUCGAGAGGUGUCACUAGCGAAAAGUUCUCUCAACUCGGACAGUGUCAUGCUGUUGGAUCUGGGACUCCAGAUAUACCAGUGGAACGGGAAAACGUGCAACAAGGACGAGAAAUAUAAAGCAGUUCAGUUCUUACAAAAGCUCAAGUCGGAAAGGGGAGGUAAACCUAAGGUGGAGACCCUUGAUGAAAUUGACGGAAAUGACCCAGAUUUUUACGAUUGUCUGCCUGACGUCCCCGACGACGAUGACGUCGAUGACGAUGAUGAUGAGGUCAUAGAAGACAAGAAGCUUGUAAGACUUUCAGAUGAAAGUGGCUCGCUGCAGUUUACCACUGUUAAGGAAGGAGACGGCAUAUCAAAAUCAGACUUUAAAAGUCAGGAUGUCUUCAUUCUGGACACCGGAAAGGGAGUGUUCGUGUGGGUUGGACGUAGGACGUCAGAAUCGGAAAAGAAAAACAGCCUAACCUAUGCCCAUAUGUACCUACAGAAGAGUAACAACCCACUGCAGCCGGUGACAGCUCUAAAGGAAGGUCAAAAAUCACGGGAGUUUGAAAUUGCAAUCACAGCGUAAUCGCGCUCCGUGAUAUCUGUGUUAUUAGAAAUACUACGGUAUUUGAAUGCGGUGGAUGGAAACACUCACAAAAAAUACUGACAUAUCUCAAAUAGUGGACGGUGUUAAAUAUGUUUAGAAUAUUGUCCAGUGCUAAAAACAGCUGUUGUUACCGUCAAACCUGUUUAUAAAGAUCGCUAAUGCUACUGGACUCCAGUUUUAUGAAGCGAUCUUAGCGCUAAGAUCAUCUUAAGUUUAUUAGCUAGUUAUGCACAACGUGAUCUUAGCGUUGAUCUCGUAAAACGGGGCCCUGGUCGUUAUAUUCAGGUGACCUUUGUAUUCAGGUUUAAGUGCACGAAGUGUCCUUUACCGACAGGCGGUCGUUAUGCAAAGUGGUUUUUACAGUAAGUUUGAAUGAAUGUCUGUUACAUAGACCAACAUAAAAAAUAGUAUAGUAAACAAAAUAUAUUUGAAAUACUGGGCAAAGCUGAAAACAAAUAUAAUAUUACAUUUACAACAUUCGGCAAAGUUGAAAGCAAAAAAUGUUGCCUAGCGCUAAAAACUAAUACAAUUAUGUCUACCAUAUUGUUCAGUGUUGAAAUAAAAUUACGUUAUGCCUAAGAUAUUCAGUAGAGUUCAAAACAUGUUUGUCUUCAGUAUCGCUUAACCAGUAUCAUUUUGUAUCUGUUGAAUAGUGGUAAAAGUUUAAAAAGCAUACCGCAUACCAUAUAUUCUUGAUUAGAGGCCGGGUCUCGAGGCGUUUUGAAAAAAAAAUAGACGCCUGCCUUGAAUAGAAGCCUGCCUUUUAUAAAGGCCUACUUCUGCUGCUGUAGCUUUGUCAAGUUAAUGGCCACAUUAUAUUCCUCACUCCCAUUGCCUGACGUAAAAAGCUAAUAUAAAAACAUAGUGAGAAUAACAUGAAAGAAGAAGCUAAGUACGCAAGCCUACAUUAGAAGAUGUUACAACAAGGCUAUGUUAGAAACGUUUACACGAAAAACCCCACAUAGAAGCUUGCAGUGUAUAGAGACUUUCCUUGAAGAGAGGCCUGGUCUAGGAGCGACGCGAGAAAACAAAUUAGAAGACUAGUCUUGUAUUCAAGGAAUUACGGUAUAUACUUACAGAAUUAUAUAUAUAUAUAUAUAUAUAUAUAUAUAUAUAUAUAUAUAUAUAUAUAUAUAUAUAUAAUUUCUAUAUGUUAAAUUUCUAAAUGUUAAAAUAAAAAAUAUAUGCCAAUAUAACUGGUAAGUCGUGAAAACAAAAUAUUCCUAGAAUGUUGGUUUUAUGAAUAUUAUCCUACUAAGGAUUUCAAAGAACAUUUAUAUUACAUAUGUUUAAUGUAGAACAGGUGCCCCGGGAUCAUGUAGAUGAAUUAGUUGGCUUGGUGGUAAUGGCAUAGUGAGCGAUACUAGUAUUCAGGUUUAUAUAGCACAUAAAAUAUAUUGACUAAACCACAAAAUGUUGAUCUUCAUGCUGUUACUUUAUAACAGUUUAUUAAGGCUUGUUCGAAAUUCAUUGUUAAGAACGGUGGGGUUAAUUUGGGAAUGGUUUUGUAUUGUUUUGUUUUUUUUCCCCUUUUUUUCUUUUUUUUUUUUCAUCUAGAAUUGCUUUCUUGAUAAUAAAAUAAAAACCAAUACUGAACCACUGUGUAUAUUUAAAGCAGUUGGAGCAAGGUUACGUUUUAUGCCCCGCGAUGAAACGAUUCACGCCUCGCGAUGGAACGAUUCACGUCCCGCGAUGGAACGAUUUACGCCCCGCGAUGGAACGAUUUACGCGCCCCGCGAUGGAACGAUUCACGCCCCGCGAUGGAACGAUUCACACGCCCCGCGAUGGAACGAUUCACACGCCCCGCAAUGGAAAGAUUCACGCCCCGCGAUGGAACGAUUCACGCUCAAGUUUGAGAUGAUCUUGUGGAUGAUUAUGUUCAUGGAUAAGCUCAUGAAAGGGCAGAUUAAUCUGCGCUGUAGUCUGUUUUCAAGAAAUCUUUAAUUGCAUUUACAUCAUAUCCAUAUUCCCAAUGGUCGGAUCCAAUCAAAUAAUGUCUUACAAAGAACAACAGUAAUGAGCCUAUCAAAUGAUUCUCUACAGUCACGAUCGCAAGCACAAUAGACAAGCGUAUAAUUCCGGCGUGGUAAUCGAUAAUUUUCGUUUCAUUCCGUCUGUAUUAUAAUUAUCUCCGAUGGGGUAAUCGACUGUUUUUGUGACAUUCCGUAUUCUGACCUAGACACCAUAUCACGUAGAGUUUAGAAAUUAAUUCGCAUCGGCGUAAUGCAAAUUCCGUUCAGAUUGGAUCCAGCCAUCUGGUACGCUGAUGCCCUCGGAUAUAUUACAUUCGAUCCAGGUGGAGGAAUUUUGAAAAAAACCCCGUCCUAACUGAUAAUUGGUUUACUGGCGCUCGCUGCCGUAAAUAAUAAUGACAUUCGCGGCCCCCCAAAAUAAAGUGUGAUAUCUCAGCCUCCUGGCAGGUGAUCAGUGGCUCUCUUAUCUAAUUUCUGCGAAAACAAAAGUGAGUGGGUGAACUGUUUUGGAUUUAAGUCUUUUUGUCGUGAUAUGGCGGAGUAUUGUUUAAGCACGGAAACACAGCUCAAAUGGAUCUCUUAUUAGUUUGAUAAUAGGGUAAAAAAAAGAUAAACUUAAACAUCAUUUGAUGCCUAUCAUGCAUAUAACCACUUUUAUUAUUAUUAUUGUUUUGUCUCAUUUUUUCAAAUUUAUUUGAAAAAUAAUAUAUUAGAGUAAGUUUGUUUUCAAUAUUAAAUUAAAGUUUUUCGUAUUGUAUGAAUAUAUAUGACGCAUAAUAAACACAUCAAUUUGAUAAA